AAAAGUAAAAACAAAACACAAACUCCCUCUCAUCUUCUUUUCUGCUAAUCAAAGGGUUUCUAUUGCAAAAUACAGUGAGAAUUUCCUGUAUUGUGAUAUCCGGAACAUUUUAGAAGCUGGUAGUUUUACUGCUUCUUGCUCAGUACUACACAUAUGUGGCUCACCAGUAGAUGCUUCAGGAACAUCCUGUAAAUACACAUUUUUUUCUUUCUCUUUUUCUUUUAAAUUUCUCCGGAUUCCUUUGCUUCCAGCCCAGUUCUGGGAUCGAACACCACUCUUCCCCAGCAAGCACUCCUUGUGUUUUCCCUGCAUCCACCUUGGGACAUCAUCUCUCAUGGCAGCUUUUCAGAACAAUUUCUGGAACCUGAUUUCUGGAACCUUGGCAGUAGUGUGCCUUUUGUUGAUGGCUACUUUGGGAAUUUUGUUGAAAAAUUCAUUUUCCACACAAAGUACUCAGCCAACAUCCUCUCCAGGAUCCACCGUAGAACCCCAAGAAGGCUCUGGCUGCUGUUCUUGCCAAGAGAAGUGGAUUGGGUACCGAUGCAAUUGUUACUUCUUUUCCAAUGAAGAAAAAACUUGGGCAGAAAGUAGGGAUUUCUGUGCUUCUCACAAUUCCAGUCUUCUUCAGCUGGAAAGCAAAGAUGAAUUUAGCUUUAGGAUCUCCGAUGGACGUCAUUACUGGAUUGGACUCCUUUAUUACAAUGAAAGACAUGGUGCGUGGCUGUGGGAGGAUGGCUCUGCUCUCUCCAGGGAUGUAUUUCCAUUGUUUCCGCCUCUAAAUCAACAGAACUGCAUGUUGUAUGUUAGCAACAGUAUUUUGGAUGAAGAUUGUGGGGAGAAACAUGGUUUUAUCUAUCUCUUGAUCUGGGGGAAGGCAGUUACCAAGUUGUGAGACACCCUGUGUAGGGGACUGUGUGAUAAGGAUGGAAGCCUCCUAUGGAAAGCCACAAGGAACUGAGGCCUCUUGCCAGGAGCCAUGUGAGUGAGCCUUCUUGGAAGCAGACUCUUCAGCCAGAGUGAAGCCUUCAGAUGACUACGGCCCAGCAGACUUCCUGACAGCAGUAAGAGAUCCUGAGCCAGAUUCCUCCCUCUAAGCUGUUUAAGGAUUCCUGUCCUUCAGAAAUAAUAAAUGCUUGCUGUUUAUUUAUUUGUGUAAACUUAAGGAAUGACACAUUAUGAGCCUCAUCCACACCUGGAUCUCAUGAGUUUCUGAACUUCGAGCUGAUGAUGUAAUAGGAUGAUAAUUUUGGGGCUGCAGAAGGGGAUGAAUGAAUUUUGCCUGGGGGAAGAACAGAUAUAAUUGGUGGGCAAGGCUAUGCUUCUAUAUUCAGCCCCCUAGAUGGCCCCUACAGGUCCCUGAUUCUGCUAUGGACACCCUUUUAUGAUAAUCAUCCAUAUUCUGUUAAGGUUGAUCUGUGUGAGCAAUAGAAUAUGGCCAAAAUUAUGGGAUGACACUUAUGAGGACAGGUCAUAAAUGAGAGUGAGGCUUCUUUAUUCCAAGGUGCUUGAGAAAAUUUAUAAUCUCACCAGCAGUUUAUGUGAGUUUGCGUUGUUCCUUUUCCUCUCCAACAUGUACUAAAAAAAAAAAAAUCCAAACCCGUUUUGGUCAAGUUGAUUCCAACUCACAGCAACCAUAUAGGACAGAUUAGAACUGCCCCCUAGGCUUCCCAAGGCUGUAAACUUCCUGGAAGCAGACUGCUACUUCUUUCUCCCAUGGAGCAGGACCUUUCAGUUUGUAGCUAAGCACUUUAUCCACUGUGCCACCAGGGCUCCUACGCUUGUGAAACUCUCACACCUCACAUUCAUCAAUGUAGAUAACAUGUACAUCACCCCAGAAAUUCUCCCAGUUACCCCAAGUAAUACUUUCGUCCAGCUCCUACCCACACAGAUGACCAUUGUGUGGCAUUUUAUUAGCAUAGAUUUUCAUUUUCUAAAGCUUUGUGUAUAUAUAUAUAUAUAUAAUUUAUAUAAUAUAGAACCAUACAGUUUGUACAUAUUUUGUUUGGAUUUUUUAGCCAAACAUAAUUACUUGUGUUGUUAUGCAUAUCAGUAAUUGAUUUCUUCUUAUUGGUGAAUAGUGUUCCAUUUUAUGGGUAGAACACAAGUCAUCCAUUCCCUGUUUGAUAGACAUUUGGGUUGUUUCCAUUUUGUGGUUAUUACUAGUAAAGUUACUAUGUGUAUUCACUCACAAGACUGUGUUUGGACAUAGAUCUUCUUUUCUCUUGGAUAAAAAUAAUUUUCUAGGAGUAGAAUGGUUGGAUCAUACUGUGGUGAAUGUUCACAUUUUUAAAAACCUGUCAAACUGUUUUCCCAAGGGAGUGUUCCAUUUUAUAUUCCCACUAGCAGUUUUUGAGAGCUCACUUCCUCCACAUCUUGGCCAGCAUUGGAAUGAUCUUUAUACUCUUAGCCAUUCUAAUAAGUGUGCAGUAGUCAUUCAUUGUGUAUUUAAUUUGCAUUUCUCUAAUGAAUUAUGUUUUUGAAUACCUAGUUAUUUGCUUAUUUGCCAUGUUUACCUCUUUCUUGGUAACUUUUCUGUUCAAAUAAGUUGCCAAUUUUGUUGUUUUUACUUUCUUAUUGAGUUGUGAUCAUUUUUGUGUAUUCUGUGUACAAGUCCUUUAUCAGGCAGAUGUUUUGAAAAAUUUUCUCCCAGUCUGAGGCUUGUCUUCUCAUUCUCUUAGCAGUGUCUUUCAAAGAGCAGAAGUUUUAAAUCUUGACAAAGUCCACUUUAUCAGUUGUUCAUUUAUAAAUCAUGCUUUUCACAUCAUUUCUAAGAAAGCUUUGGCUAAAUCAAAGCCACAAAUUUUUUCUUCUUUGUUUUCUUCUAGAAGAUUUAUAGUUAGAUUGUGCAUUUAGAUCCAUGAUUUACUUUGAAUUAUUUGACAUAUUUGUUGUAAGGGGUAAAUCAAAGACUUUUUUUGUUCUUUUUUUUUUUUUGUGUAUCUAUAUUUCUUAUGCCAUUUGUUAAAAAUAUUAUCCUCACUCCACUUAAAUGCCUAUGCACCUUUGUCAAGAAUCAAUUUUCCAUAUACGUAUGGAUCUGUUUCUGUGCUCCCUAUUUUGUUUUAUAGAUCUGUUUGUCUCAUUUUGCAUGGAGAGCACACUGUUCUGAAUACUCUAAAAAAAAAAAAAAAAGCUGUAUAAAAAUCUUGAACUCUAGUAGUAAUCACCCUCCAGCUUUGUUAAUUUUUAAGUUGUUUUGGCUGUUGUUGUAUUUUGCAUUCUAUAUGAAUUUCAAAAUUAUGUUGUCAAGCAACAACAACAACAAGAAAAAAAAAACCUUCUGGGAUUUUAGCUGGAAUUGCAUUAAAUCUAUAGAUCUGUGUUGGAAAAAUUGCCAUAUCAACAAUACUGAGUCUUCUGACUCUUUAAUAAUGUAUAUAUCUUUUACCUCAAUAUUCUCAAAUUUUUCUCAGCAAUAUUAUGGAAUUUUUAAUAAUAUGCAGCCUUUUACAUUUUUAUGAGGUUUUGCUAAGUACUGCAUUGAUUUGAUACUAUUACAGAUUAUAUGUUUUUUAUUUCAAUUUUUGAUUGCAAGUGUAUAUACAAUUGAUUUUUGUAUUUAUCUUCUAUGUUUCAACCUUUUUAAACUCACUUAUUAGCUCUAGUAGCAUUUCUGUAGCUUCCAUUUGAUUUUCAACAUAGGUGAUUAUAUUACCUAUGAGAAAAGACAGCUUUCCCUAUUUCUUUUCAAAACUGGAUUCCUUUUAUUUCUUUUUCUUGCCUGAUCACAGUGACUAGAACAUUCAAUACAAGCUUGAAUACAGUAGUGAAAGUAGAACUCAUAGUCUUAUUUUUGAACAAAAACAAUCACUUUUUUGUCUUCACAUUUUAUCUUAACUGUAGGAUUUUGUAGAUGACCUUUACAAGGUUGAGGCAGUUCCCUUCUAAUCCUGUUUUGGUAAGUUUUUAUCAGGAAUCCAAGGGUGUUUUUGUCAAUUUAUUGUUCUGCAUCUAUUUAGAUCAUAUGCUUUUUUUGUUUUAUGAAUUUGUUGAUAGGGCGAAUUACAUUAAUUUAUUUGCCAAUGUCAAAUCAACCUUUCAUUCCUGGAAUAAACUCCACUUGUUCAUUAUAUACUAUCUUUUUAUAUAUUAUAGUAUUCAAUUUAUUAAAAUUUUGCUUGUAAUUAUAAAUAUAUACAAUUUAUUUUUGUGUGUGUUAUUUUAAUCUUUAAGUAACAUAAAAUAGAGAUUUUUAAUUUCUCCACUUUAAAUUUAUAUCUAAGUCAGAUCUAAAUUAGAUCUAAUUUAGGUAUAAAUGAGAUCCAAUUUAAUUGCCAUACAAAACUGACAGAAAUAUUACUGAAGAUAAAUAGAAUAAAAUGUGGAUGGUGUCAUGUCAUGUCUGUCAGAUAAAUUGGCAUUGAACAUAGAGACAUAAAUCAUCUACUAGGAACUAUGAUAAAACAACUCCAAAGAAACAAAAAAAACUAAACCCAUUGCUGUCAAGUCAAUUCUGACUCAUAGUGACUCUGUAGGACAGAGUAGAUCUGCCCCGUAUGGUUCCCAAGGAGCUCCUGGUACAUUUGAACUGUCAACCUUUAUGGUUAGCAGCCAAGGCUCUUAACCACUAUGCCACUAGGAUUUCCUCAAAACACCUCCGUAUAAUACUAACCAGGACUUCCAACAUUUUCUACUUGCCUGCUGAGGUUCUUUAACCAUUUUCUUGGAGGGCUUCUAUGUAUUAAGUAAAAAAAAAACUUUUUGUUUAUAAAGCCUAUAUUGUAAAACACAAAGUGAUCCUCCUUCUCAUAUGUUUUUAGUUGGUCCAGAGUUAUGAUUGUUAGACUUGCAUUUGUUUUU